AGGAACCUCACAAACCUGAGUGAAAAGAAACUGAACUCUCACUGCAUCUCUGUCCGUGAGGUGCUCCAGGCCCAGGGUCCCUACCUUGAGGCUAUGCCUUGGGCUGAAGUGAAGCAGACAGCACUGGCUCUUGUCAAGGCAGUUGAAGAAUACUGUGUUUUUCUGCGAUCUCAGAAUGUCAGAGUGAAGGUGUCCCAAGCUAAACCCCAGAGUGAAGUAGAGGUCAAAGCUAAUGUGACGAUCCUUCGGGUGAACCAGGGUCCAGUACAUCAUCUAUUCAGUUAUCUAGACAGACAAGUUUCUGCUACUGAACUGUAUCAGCCCAUUUCUGUGCGGGAGCAUCUGCCACCUGGCAUGGAGAGAAGGCGCGUGUAUGAUGCGAUAGAAGAUCUGAAGCAGUCGGGACUCAAGUCACAUACGGUGCACCACGCUCAUCACAUUGGGGGGAGCAAGGAGAGUCUCCAUUUUGUUUGGAGGAUCGAGCCUACUGGGGAUCCACAGGCAAUCAUCAAUGGUUGUUUGAAGGUUAAGCAGAAAAUCGAAGCUGAUGCACCAGUAUUCGAACGUCGUAUUACCAAACGGGAAUUUAUGAGAGCGUAUGGCUUUGUUAGUCAAAGGGUAGCCUUGAGGUCGAUUUUCAAGAAUCUCACUGGGGAUCAGUCUGCAGCCCAUGACACAGAUGAAAAGGCGAUUGAUAAAAGAUUCCAAGUGGCACUUCUGUGUGAAGAUCCCGGGAUUGUUGUUGAUCUGCGAACGGUUAAACUUCCAAAUCAACGAGACACUUUCGCAACAUUCUUUGCGGAAACAGAAAGAUACCUGUCGGAAGAAGUUGGGGUGGCAGUCCAAGAGAGACGGCAUGGAGAACAGCUCUACCUGGCUAAAGCUGUUAGCCUGAAUGACCUUCAUAGACGAGUACAAGAACGAGUUCCUCCAGGCAUCAAAAUUCCUUCCGUUAAGUGGAUGAGAUACCAGUUUGAACCAAUAAACUCAAGAGCCAACACAGCCAAAUACUACAAAGCAGAGAUGAAGAUAAAAAUGAUGGUGCAGAAAAGACAGGUAGGCCCUAUAGUAUUCAAUGUUCGGUAGGCUGUCAGUUAAAUUACUUUAAAACCAACAUUAUCAUAUAUGCAUAGCCUGAUAUCUUGCAUUCCUUUUCAGAUAAGAAUCAGCCAUGUUGAUGCUCAUUAUUGCGCGGCAGCGUGGCGGUACCUUCGAGAGUAUGCAGUCCUGAACCGAGAUAUAUCUACAUUAGUGUCAAUGGAUGAUAAGCAUAAGAUUAAAGUUGGUGAGCCAUCGUACCCACUAGCAGCCGCCGAGAGGGGCAAGAAGGUGAUAGUUGGGGCCAACCAAAUUAUGGCAGUCGGCGACCAUGAUUUUUCAAAGUGUACCCUCACCCCGUCUGUUAAUCUGGUGGUAAGUAGGCCUACAUGAUGUAUUAACAUUUGAUGAAACACUGCUUCUGUGCCAGAAGGUUCAUGAUACAUCGAUGAGUGAUCAUGUGAGCAAUUUCCAACGAAAUCUCUUUCUUUUACAGAUUGACAUCCCUACGACCAUAGAUGGUAGCUUCUACCAUGGCGACGUCCAUGUGGGCUUGAAGGAUUCCAUUCUGGAGCCAUCGUCAGCACUUCGACAUGCUGCUGAAUUGAAGCAGGUUCUGCUCCCACGUGGAGCUGUGUCCCCAGUACUUCUCAUAUAUACAGACGGAGGGCCUGAUCACAGAUGCACCUACAUCAGCGUAAAAUUAUCAUUGGUUGCCUUGUUCCUGGAAUUGGAUCUCGAUGUGCUGGUGGCAUUAAGGACAGCUCCAAGCAACUCCUGGGCGAACCCAGUAGAGAGGGUGAUGUCAAUUGUGAAUAUCGGCCUCCAAGGAAUUGGUCUGAUGCGACGAAAAAUGUCUGAUCAAUUUGAAAAGGCUAUUGGUAAGUUGUUUUUAAAUAGCAUCAAUGUAGAAAUAAACUUUGCGAUAUUCAUCAUUCUUGGGACUUAAAUUCACUGGGGGUAUCUUGUUGGAGGUUUAUAAGAUUGUAUUAAAAUGUUCAUACAUGUACAUGUAUUGACUCAUUUUUUAAGCGAAUGCAAACAGUGUGAAGGAAAUGCGGAUAAAACUGUCAACUGAUGAGUUAAAAGACGAACUGAGCGAAUCCUUGAACUUCCCAAAGGAUUUGCUCAAAAGUCAGAUGUCCAGACUGUCCCUGAAGGAAAAGCCCUUCAAGACGUUCAUGCCAGCGCCAGAGGCAGAAAUUGAUGAACUGUGGCAGAAGUGUCUGGAGGUGGAGAACAGACUACAGGUGAGCCAAUGUUUCCUCGGUCUAACAAUUUUAUACAUACAUUGUAUCAGGAAUAUAUUAAUGUAUUGGUAAUGUAUUCUUGAUUGUAUACGUAUACUAGGCCUACAUUUUAUACUUCUAUACGAACAUACCUUUGCUAUCAAAUACCCUUGAUUGAUCUCUCUUUCAGCGUGACAAACUCACCUACAAAGAUGUCAAGAAACUGGACAAGAUGAUGGCCUUUCUUGAACACUGUUGUAUUGAGGGCCACUAUUGUUUCCAGAUAAAAAAGUGUGGAAAGGUGGAUUGUACUAUCUGUAGGUGAGUCAUCCCUGUAUAAUUCUCUAUGUCAAUGUCUGUAUUGUAAUUCAAGGCUGUGCUUGGUAGUUGGUGUAUCUUUCAAUACUUCCUAUUCUUGCUAGUGACACUAUAUCACGCACAAAGCUACUGCCCUCUUGCUCUAUUUCUGCACACCACUUUCUCACAUUGCACCAUUUCAGACCGCUGAGAGAUGAAAGAAGUGCAGAUGUGGCAACCUUGCCAUUCCCAGUGGAUGCCGGAGAUGGCCAUUACAAGCCAUUCACAGACGUUUACAAGACUGAAACCCAUGACGUAUGUAUACAUGUAUUUCAUCCCAUUGCAAUGACAUCUUGACCUAAAGAUUUAGAUUUCUCAGCUUGAUUUGGAAAUGCUAUACGUGUAUAGUCAACAAUGGGCAAUGUUAUACAUUGUAUAUCUUCAUUCUUGGAUGUCUCUGUGUUUCAGAAUAGGCCUAGUCUACAGGUAAGGACAAAGGCUCAAAGGCAGAAGAGCAAAUUCUGUCCUUCAGUUCAACAUGCUACAAACACGGACACUAUGCUGCAGUGUGUUGAAUGUGAGAAGUGGAGACUGAUAUUCUCAAAGCACAAGCUCACCAAGAACCAGGUAGAGCAACUGAACCAAGUGUUGGCGGAAAUUGACUACACAUGCGGACUGAUGCUUGGUAAGCAGAAUUCCACACAUUUGUUUUCUUUCUUUCAAAAUACCACUCAACAUCCUAUAGAUGCUUCUAAACUACUAAACAUAUUCAAAUGUUUUUUUUUCAGACGACAUCAACCUUCCACAAGGCCUCAAGUCCAAGUUGUUGUUCGUCAAGGACCACGAUUGCCUAGACCACAUCGAGAAGAUCUACUUCUCGUGUGGCUAUGAACCCUGCUGCAUCUUCUGUGGGGAAUACGUGGAUGCCGACAAUGAGGAAGACUACUACCCACAGUGUGCUGACUGCACCCAACAACCUAUUAGGAAGAGGGACAGCUAGAUUGUUUAUUGUCUGUACUGUAGUUAGUA